AUGAAUGAAUACUGGAUAGACGUUUUGUUGUCCUGUUUUCUGCACACGCCUUUAAAUAUUAUGUUUUGGAGAGGAGCGUGGCAUAUUCAGGAUGUGUAUUUUAUCCCUGAAGUACCGUUGUACAACCAUUUGAUUUCUGUUGUUCUUGGGAUAUCGCUAUCAUUGAUCAUAUACUUAACACAAAGUUAUAGCCGAACCUAUUUUCCUCGUCUGAGAGGAGUGCCUUAUUUCUUCGUUUCAAGACUAUACACGCUGAUUUUUGGUUUUGGAAGUGUUUCUCACUGGCGUGGAUUAUGGUUACUGAUGGAUUAUUAUACCGAAGUGUCUUGGAUUUCAGUCACAGUGUCAUGCAGUCUAGGAAUCUUGAUUUUAGUGUGUUUAAAAUCGUACUGUACAAUGCUCGCUCCCCCAGUUGUCAUCGGCAUAGACUGUUUUAAAAACACCCAAUUUGUUAUCACCACAAGAUUCCAGUGUAAUAUUAAGAAAUCAACGAGUCUGUAUAUGCUUGAUGUCAUCUUUACCGUGGUUGUCAUUCAAUCGUUAGUAGUUGUUGUAUGGAGGGGACUUUGGGAAAUAUUGGACCUCGGACUGUAUCCAGACGAUUCUCUAUCGACUACUUUGUACUCUUUUCUGAUUGGUUACUCGCUGAUGGUUAUUGCCGUACUCGUCCAAUUAUUUAUAGCUGAAUUAAGCAAGAAGCUGUACCAGGCAGAAAGAUUUGUGCUGAGAUUGGUCGUGGAAGACGUCUAUGUUAUUUUACUGAGUAUUUUGACUGUGUCAUGUUGGAGAGGGUUGUGGUAUAUUCAGGAUCUUUAUUUGUUUACCUUUAACAUUGAAUUAAGUUAUUGGGUAUCACUAAUCACCGGAUGUCUCGGAUUAGUUAUACUGGGGACCUUCAAUUCCGUAGUGACAAAGGGGUGUUUUAUUGAUGGUGCUGAUCCUGGUGGCCAAGGUGUUAUUUGUGACGUUGGUUAUUUCUCAAGGUCGUAUGAUGUGGUCGACUAA